GGUACACGGUGCUGCGAUCUGCAGCCUACUGCUGUUUCCAGGUAUAAUGAUGUCACGGUCAACGCUCGGUGUUGGGGAUAAAUGCCAGCAGCGACUGCGUGUUCCUCAGUCUGUGUGUCAGUCACCGUUACAGAGUUAAGAGAAGAGGAGGAGGACAUCUUGUUGCAAUGGGACCUGACAGAGAGCUGAGCAGCCCGGACACCGGUCACCGGCUGGAGCAAUGCAAGCAGCGGGUUUGCGACACUAUCGAGCAGGAGUCAGAGCAGCUGCACACGCUGAGCCAGGACAUAUGGAAGCAGCCGGAGCUGGCUUAUCAGGAGCACAAGGCCCACGAUCUGCUCACCGGCUUCUUCUCCAGCAAGGGAUGGUCGGUGCAGCCCCACUACCACCUGGCCACCGCUUUCCGGGCGGAAUGGCACUCUGCCAACACCGGCUCUCCGCUCCUAAAUGUGUGCUUCCUGUGCGAGUACGACGCACUGCCCGGGCUGGGGCACGGCUGUGGGCACAACCUGAUUGCUGAGGUCGGGGUAGCCGCCGCGCUGGGGCUGAGGGAGGCUCUGGAGAGUGCGGAGCCGCCGCGGGAGGUCAAGAUUACGGUUUUAGGGACACCUGCCGAGGAGGAGGGUGGUGGUAAAGUCGAUCUUAUAAAUGCCGGAGCCUUUGAUGAUAUUGAUGUUGCAUUUAUGGCCCAUCCCGCCCAGUCUGAUGCUGGAUAUCUACCAGAUGUUGCUAUACAUGAUGUUACUGUGAAAUAUCAUGGAAAAGCUUCUCAUGCAGCUGCAUACCCAUGGGAAGGAAUUAAUGCGUUAGAUGCUGCUAUUCUUGCAUACAACAAUCUUUCUGUCUUAAGGCAGCAAAUGAAACCUUCCUGGAGAGUUCAUGGAGUCAUAAGAAAUGGUGGUGUGAAGCCUAACAUCAUUCCAUCAUACGCUGAAUUAGAAUUUUAUUUGCGAGCACCAUCCCUCAAAGAUCUUUCCAUUUUAAACGAAAAGGCAAAUGCUUGCUUUACUGCUGCUGGCACUGCUACUGGAUGCAAGGUAGAGUUGUGUCCUGUUGGCAAUGAUUAUUUUAAUGUGCUUCCAAACAAAACUCUUGUAAAAGCUUUUACAGAGAAUGGAAAAAAACUGGGAAUGCAGUUUACAUCUGAUGAAUUGGUUUUAAAUGCUCUAACAGGCUCUACAGAUUUUGGAAAUGUUACCUUUGUAGUUCCUGGAAUUCAUCCUUAUUUUUAUAUUGGUUCUGAUGCUCUUAAUCACACUGAAGAAUACACUAAAUCUGCAGGCUCAAAAGAUGCUCAAUUUUACACACUUCGGACUGCCAAAUCAUUGGCAAUGACAGCAUUGGAUGUUAUUUUUAAUCCAGACAUGAUGGAUCAUGUUCGUGAAGACUGGAAGACAGUGAAACAAACGGAAGAAGAGAAUAAUUCUGGUUCCUCUGACAGAGGCCGGGAGUCGAGUAGUGGAGCAGCAUCUGCCUCAUGCUGAGCACUUUACCCACAGAAACUAUACUAUCUACACUUCCAUUUUAUAGAAUGCUGUGGGGUGGAAUCAUUUGGGGUGGUUAAAAACAUGUUUCUCAAAAGUGUUGGUGAAAUUAGAUCUUUAUGUCAUCGUUCUUUAUAUACCUUUUGUACAUUUUUAUGUGCAGUUUCUCUACUUUUUUUUUCUUGUGUGAAUGUGUAUGAAUUGCUUCUGAAUGUCAAUAUUAUGCUGUCCCUCAGUCAAUCAGCUAUAUCAAAUUUAUUCACCACCUUCCAGAUAAAUUUCAGCAAAUAUUCCAAAUAAGUAUCUAUCUGUCUAAAAUCUACUUAAAUCGAAGUCUCUUCUGAAUGUUGUGCUGUCCAUGAAGUGGAGUGGGCAGUUGCUUCCUGUUAAGUUAUGCUACCAGAGAGUAACCAUCGCACAAAGUGGACAGUACAAACAGAGAAACAUAGUUUGUGGUGUUCUGAAAGCAGCAGUGCCUUGCAAAAGUAGUCUUUCCCCUUGAAUGUUUUCAAAUGAUCCUUCUAAAUGUACCUUACUGUUUGGCAAAGGGUGUGUAAGUGUCUUUAAACUUGUGGAGUAAAAAUUUCUUUAACUUUU